GUCCCCACCCCAAGAUCCCCCACCCCAUGGCCGCCCCUCCAGGCCUCCGAGAACCCCCCGCCUCACUCGGUGUCCGCCGCAGCCAUGGAGACGGCGGCGCGGCGUGAUGACGCAAGAGCGGCGCGCAGCGGUGGCGUCACGAAAAUGACCCCCCGGGAGCGGGCGGCCGCCCCCAGGUCGCGCGGGGAGAAGGCCCGGCCGCCCCCCAUCACCACUGCCCGAGCCGACGUGGUCCCGGGGCGGCUGCCCGAGGCGGAAUGGCUGUCCCUGCUCGCGGGGGAGCGCGGGGACGGCGACGUCGCGGACGUCCUCGCCGAGCUCCUGGACCGCGUGAUGGACGGGUGCUCCAAAGCCCACGCGGCUCGGCAGUGCGUGCCCUUCACCGUGGGCCAGGCGCGGGACGCCCUCCUGCACAUCGCCCAGUGGCGCUUCCUGGCGCGGGAUGAGGGCGAGACGGGCCCCGAGGGAGACGGCACCUGGCAGGAGGAUGACGAGCCCGAGCCCUGCGCCACCGACUCCUGGGCGCCGGGCUCCGUCCCCGUCCUGCGCGUCCAUCAGGCCCCGUGCCCGGGAGAGGUCUCCAGUGCGCAGCCCCUGUGUCCCAGCCACGUCCCCACCGCCGGCACCAUCCUGCCCGUGCCAGGGCCGUCCCGCCCGCAGCUGCUGCUGGACGAGGUGGCCAUCGCUCCCCGGCCCCCCAAGGGAAAACCUCCCCGCACCCGGCCCCCGCUGCCGCAGUCAGCCCCGCUCUGCCCAGCCAGGCCACCGGCUCCCUGCCCGCCCCCACGGCAGCCGGAGGAGGGAUGGCGUCUGUCCCCCAGGGACGUGGAGGGGAGCAGCGUGGUGGGAGUCAGCAGCCACAGGCCGCCGCUGCCACCUCCCUCCUGCGCCAGCCUGGCAAAGAUCCGGCCAGGGCGGCCCGCGGGCAGCACAGGGGCAAAGCGAGAGGGGUCCAGCACCGCCCUGGGGGUCCCCAGGCUGGGCCCCCGCAGCCAGCCUGAGCGCUGGAUCAGGCCACAGGUGGAGGUGCUGGACCUGGGCACGGAGGCCAAGCCGCCGGCACGUCCCCAGGGUGCCCACCGGUGCCGCCGGGGGCCGGAGCUGGGCACCAUGGCACGGACACAGCUCCAGCCGUCCCACCCGGGGUCUCCGCAGCCCCCUGGCCCCGUGCCCUGGCAGCUCGGCUCCUUGCUGGACUCCGCUCGGCUGGCCCCCGGCGUCACUGUCAGAUGGGGCGGCAGCGUGAAGCGUGGGCUCCGCAUCCCUGCACACGGCGAGGAGGAGGAGGUGGGGGAGGCCAAGCGGGACCUGAGACCCAUCCACCCCACUGUGCCCUUCCCGGCUGUUGCGGCCAGGGAGGUGACGGGCGAUGGUGCCCCAGCGUCCACGAGCAGCGUGUGGGGCGAGCCCCCCGCUCAGCGCCAACCCUCGCCCUGACCCUGCCGCCGGGCAGUCCUGCCAUGCUCCCUGCUGUGUCCCACGCGUGUCCCACACCCGGCCCCGCUGCUCACGGCAGCCCUGGCGUGGCGUGAGGGUGCAGCUGGGCUGGGUCCCCCCCAGGCUCCCGCUCUGCCGCGUCUCCGCUCCAUGGGAGGCUGGCAGUACCCCAUGGGCUUCCUCCCCAUCCUCCCCCUCACAUCCAGGGGAGCAGACCCGCUCCCGGAGCUCGUCCGCUGGGAAACCGACUCCAGCAGCUCCGUGGCCCGGUGCCCGGCUGGGCGCUGCCCUCGCCCUGCAGCUCAGCGCGGCGGCUGGGCGCUCGAGCUGCGGAGAGACCCCCUGUCCUAGGCUGGCUCCUCGCUCACUGCUCUUGGCACGUGUCCGCCCGACCCUCCAUCCCGCGAGUUACCGCCGCGAGUGCCGUGUCUGGCACAGGGCAAGCGCGCCGAUGCGGGGCAGCGCGGGCUCGCCCGAGGACGGGAGCUCGCUGCCCUUUGCAAGCUAAAGAAAAUGGAAAUAAAAUAAAGAGGUUUCUGUCGCUUGGCUCU